AACCCAGAACAUCGAAUUCCAGAACGCAAAAUACAGACGUUGGCGCCUUCACGUGUUUUGAAUUAAGACUUUUAUUAUUAAGUUACAAUUGUUAUAUUCAACACUUGUUUAAAAGUUAAAUUGCAUAUUCUUAUAUGUAGGAUACAUUAUCGUAUUGUGCCAGGUAUAUGAAUGCAGGUCACUUAAUAGUGUGACAGUCUUUUCAAACUAUCAUCUCGCUGUUCAGCAUCAGCAGCCAUGUAUAAUAAACCGACGGGAUUUAGCUCCCCCUUUCAAACAAACCAAGCCUCGACCCCUGGCUUUGGUACCACUGGGUUUGGAGCCUCAACUCCUGCAGCAGGAAGCUCCAUAUUUGGGCAGAACAAUGCACCAACCACUGGCGGCGGGCUGUUUGGGGGAACCACGAGUGCGUUUGGGACACAGGCUUCAACUGGAUUUAAUUUUGGAGCUACCCCAAGUAGUACGGGAGGUCUGUUUGGUGCAAAAACCACUGCAAGCACAGGCCUGUUUGGAACACCUGCUGCAAACUCCUCCACAGCCUUUGGCUUUGGAAGCUCUGGUGGGUUUGGAACAACAUCAACAGCAAGCACUGGCACUUUGUUUGGCACUAACACCAACACAGCUGGGGGCUUGUUCGGAGGGUUUGGGGGUCAGGCCCAGCAGCCUGGGACCACGGUAAAGUUUAUUCCAUUCGCGGCCACAGACACCAUGGUGAAGAACGGUACCACCCAGACCAUCAAUACACGGCUCCAGUGUAUCACGGCAAUGAAGGAAUACGAGAAUAAAAGCUUGGAGGAACUAAGAGUAGAGGAUUACCUAGCAGGACGCAAAGGGCAGGCAUUACCCACAACGGGAUUCGGAUUCGCCUCCCCUGUCACGUCGACCCAGCAGUCAGCACCAUUCUCGUUUGGAGCCACUAAACCUACUGGAUUUGGAACAUCAACUGGAUUUGGGACAAGUACUUCCACUGGGACAGGCGGCUUAUUUGGGCAGACUUCUCAGUCGGGCCUUGCCACAGGGGGGCUGUUUGGACAGAGCAAGCCAGGAGGGUUCUUCAACACCGCCACCACCACUGCUGCCCAGACUGGGUUUGGAGGCUUUGGGACAAGCACCAGCACAGGGACUGGAGGACUUUUUGGAAGCACUGCAGCAAAGCCACUGUUUGGCACCACUACAACCCAGGCCACAGGUCUGUUUGGCGCAAGCACGGGCACAACGGGGUUUGGCCAGCCUACAGCAAGCACUGGGUUUGGAGGCUUUGGGACGUCCACCCCAGCUACGGGAGGACUUUUUGGUACCAAGCCAGCAUUUGGCACAGCAACUACAGCCUCGAAUAGUUUUGGGUUUGGAUCUGGUUCCAUGACCGGUUCCAACCUGUUCUCUAAGCCCCUCCCAGCCUCCACCCCAGGGUUUGGAGGAUUCUCAGCCGCAAUCACUCAGCCUACUGGCUUUGGUGGAACUCAGCCCUUUGGCGCUGCCAAGCCAACAGGGUUUGGUGGGUUAUCUACCAACAGUGCGGCUCCCAGCUUCAACUUUGGUGGGUCCACAUUUAACACGGGAAACAGCCUGUUUGGGACGAACAACACAUUAAACAAGCCUGCGUUUGGAACUCUGGGUACCACAGGAUCUACAGGUUUUGGUGGAUUCGGAACAACAAACACAACUCUUGGAACUGCACCUACUUUUGGAGGCCAAGUGAACCAGCCAGCAACCAACCAGGCGGUCCAGUUACAGCAGACACUCCUGGCGCUGACCCAUUCCCCAUAUGGCGACUCCAAACUCUUCUCUAACAUGAAGGAGACCUCCAUCAAGCGAGAGGACGUCUUGAAACCGACCAAUCCUGCCGCUCAGAAAGCGGUCUUGGCCAAUCAGCACAAAGUCAGUCCCAGGCCGAUGUCAAAGAUCAAACCAAAAGCAUUGACGGGGAACCUGAAUGGGAGCAAGUCCCAGUUGUUUGAUGGACUUGAAGAAGAGGAGUUCAGCUUUGGGAACGACACUUUCCAGGCCAGAAAGAGUGUCAAGAAGCUGACAUUGAAGAAGAUUGGCUCCCAGUCUAACACUCCCAGCAGAGCAUCUUCAGUCAGUGGGGAGCCGGCUAUGUUGUCAUCGCUGCGGGAUGAAGAGAACUACAGGGGCAGAGUUUCCCCAGUGGCUUUCUCAGAUGACCGCCCGCGUCCACGAGACGCAGAUAAUGUCCCAGAGACUGAAAACAUCAUUCGCAGCAAAGGCAUCUCUGAACAGAUCACCGAUACACCAAAUAGGGGAGGGAACAUGGAUGACACGAUCGCCAUCUUGAAUGCUCAUAACAGGUCGAGCUCCAUAGCUGAUCCCCCUGUGAUGCAGAAAUCCCAGAACGAUACUGUGAACAUCAGCAUCAUUUCACACGAUGAUUCCAACACUGAGGAGAUCAAUGUCGACGAGAGACCAAUGACCCCUCCACCACCCCACCCUGCAGGUAUAGUGUUGAUGCGGCCGGGAUACUACACUAUACCACCCGUCGAGGCCCUCGCGGAACUUGUUGACGAAGACGGGAACUGCUACGUGGAGGACUUCACAAUUGGACGCGAGGGAUACGGCAGCAUCUUCUUCCCCGGCAUGACAAACAUCGCCAACAUGAACUUUGACGAGAUCGUAUUUUUCCGCCGCAAGGAGGUGAUUGUCUACCCUGACGAUGACAACAAGCCUCCAGAGGGGGAGGGCUUGAACAAGAAGGCUGAGAUAACAUUGGACUGUGUGUGGCCUCGGGAUAAAUCUGCGGGUACACCGAUAAAGAGCCCAGAAAAGCUGAAGGCAAUGAACUGGCAGGAAAAGAUAGAGUUCAACUCCAUGAAGGUCGGGGCAAAGUUCAUAGACUACCGUCCAGAGACGGGCUCCUGGGUGUUUGAGGUUAGGCACUUCUCCAAGUACGGCCUACUGGAUGACUCAGAUGAGGAAGAGGUGACUGAGCAGGACAAGAAGCGUCUGCGUACCUCGCAGGCCCAGCAGGUGGCUGUACAGAAACAGAAGCUUCUGCUAGACCCUAAAGCGGGAGCGCCUAAAUCUGGUGCAAGAGGUCAGCAGGACGGCCCCCACGUGGCGCGGUUCACUAUUGGCACGGAUGACGAGAGUGAAGGGAGCGGCGCAGGGGGCCGGGUGGAGAUCCCCAUGGGUGACGAUGACAACCAGAUGGGGGAGCUCGAUGGAGAACCAAUGGGGGUGCUCACUGAGCAGGACGACGAAGACUUGAUGCUUGAGGACCAGCCCUCAUCUCACCGCCUGGCCAGCAGCAUGGGGGUCGACCCUCGCAACAUGCAGGUCAUGAAGGCUUCCUUCUUCGAGGACGAUGACAUGCCUGCUCCAGCUUUCGAUGGUUCCAUGUUUGGCAAGAAGUCCAGCUUGUCCACUGGAUCACCGUUGCUAAGGAACAACGAGGGAAGUGGCCCCAGUCUCUUCAGCUCUGCUCUGAAAUCAAAGUACAUGGCGCCUGUCAAGUUGGCCAACCUUCCUCAACGGGAAACAGCAAAUGAAUCAGGACUGUAUUCCCCGCGUCUGGUGACACCGGAGCCAAUCAGAGCUCAGCGCACGCAAGAGACCUUCCACCCUCCAGUGAAAGAGUACAUGCUUCUGGAAAGCGGAAUGACUCAGCAGGAUUACCAGAAGAGGUCGCUGGGUUCACUGGUUACCAAGGUGAUCCCUGCGGUGAGGGAAGGCACUCAGUACGGCAAGCAGGCUAUGUGCGUGGACGCGGGCCUGUUCAUGGGUCGCAGUUUCCGAGUUGGGUGGGGACCUGGGUGGACGUUAGCCCAUAGUGGAGAUGUCAUACAGCCUGUUGAACAUGAUAAGGUUGAACAGAAGCCCACGGGCAUGUUCAACCUGUUCUCAGGGGGACAAAAGCGGGCCCAGUCUAGUAGGGGGCUCACCUGCUGGAGUGUCCAUCUGCAGAAAGUCAACAUUGCUGACCACAUCAGGCCACAGGACAAGACAGUCAUUCAAAACCAUCGUGAGAUGCUGGAGAUACAGCUGGUACAUUCCCAGAGCUCGAAGGAGGGAGUGUGCCCCGUGUUUGCACCGUCCCCAGGGGUGGAGGCCCUACAUCAGUACGCAGAGAGGAACAGGGAUGAGCUAGACACUCUCACUGGACAUCCGGAUGAGGAGACUGUGAAACACAUGGGGAUGGUGUGGGACCUCUGUGUGGCUCUUUGGGGAAACAUGCCCGAGUUCAACAACAUGGACGUGGGCAAGGACAGCUACAUGUACCACAGGGCCAGACGAGAGGCAUUCUCCAAUUGGCUGGCUUCAGUUUCCAUGGAAACCAUCAUCAAGGAAGUGCAGGAAAAUAAGUACAAGGAUAACGGUCACCUGGCAGCCAUCUUGAGUUCCCUGACGGGCGGUCGGAUCACGGAGGCGUGUCAGCUGGCUCAGAAGGCUGGGGACCACCGCCUGGCCCUGCUGCUGGCUCAGGCUGUCAGCAACUACAUGCCACGACAGAUGGUCUCCAAGCAGCUUGAGGAGUACAUUGAAUUUGGGGUGAACAACUUCUUCAACGAGACUCGGCUCAAGAUCUACAGCCUGUUGGCCGGCCAGCUGGUGCUCCAGUGCAGUGACAUGACUGUGAACACGUGUGAGGACAUGGGUUGGAAGAGGGCCCUUGCACUGCACCUGUGGUUCUGCUGCCAAGCAGAUGCCCCCAUCCAGGAGGCGGUAGAGAUCUACGACCGCUCCUUUGAGGGCAGCAGGGAAUACCCAGCCUACUGCAGCCCUCCCCUGCCCCCCUACCUGGAGCGUGAGGGGGGUGGGGCACUGGGGGAGGAGGAGGGGCGGAUACAGGACACCUGCUACCACCUGCUGGCCCUCUACUGCCAGAAGUGUCGACAGCUGGAGAGUGUUCUCAAUCCCACCACCUCUACACCCAGCCAGCUUGACUACAGAUUGAGCUGGCACCUAGGUCAGGUGUUACGCAGCUUGUCGUACCGACACCUAUCCCCGUACCAUGCAGCCAGCCUAGACAUGAACUUUGUGGCCCACUUGGAGUCCCUGGGUCUCUGGGAGUGGGCCGUCUUCAUAGCCCUGCACUUGGAGAACACUGUCAGCCGUGAGAGUGCAGUACGUGGCAUUCUCAGUCGCCAUGUACAGCUGGAGGGGGAAGGGGCGUACGAGGAGAAGGAGGCAUUGCUACGGGAACGGCUGCAUGUGCCACCAGAGUGGAUUCACAGCGCCAAGGCGCUACGGGCCAGUUACGAGGGUCGUGUGAGGGACGAGGCCUGGCACCUGCUGAGGGCCGGACAGUGGAACCGGAGUCAUGUGAUCGUGCUUCGACACCUUGCAGCAGACGACAUCAUUCACGAGAACCAUGGUGGUCUGCUACGGUUCCUGACGGAGUUGUCCGUCCACAGUGCCGCCAUCUUGGACUGGCAUGUUGGGGGAAAGGUGUUCAUGGAGUACAUCAACAUCUGUGAGAGCAUGCAGCAGCUGUCUGAGUCAGGAGAACCCAGCCAGUAUGACCUGGACAUGCUGCUGCCAGAAGUGAAGUCCCUGUGUACAAAGGUGGGCAGUCUGCACUGCAGGACAUCCAAGGACAGACUGUGCCAGUCGGAGAUGGCCAAGAGGGCGGCCAACUUCCUGCGGUUGUUGCUGACGUUGCAGGCAGAAGCCCAGGGCCAGCCCCUUCCCUCCAUCAGGACACUGGCCCCCUACAUUAGCAAUCUGCCCAUGCCUGAGGACUACAUGCUGCAAGAGCUGCAGUCACUCACCCGUCUGGCCAUGAGGGAGCAGACAGUGGCCUGAGAAGCUGCUUCUUAUGUGUGGUCGUGUAGCAGUGCGGAUGUGCCCUGAAAUGAGCGCAGCAUGUGUGUGGCUACAUCAGUGUGGAGGUGGACUUAAUACUAUGUGCACCUUUUCAUAUGGAAAAAAAAACACUGGGUCCAUAUCCCCUAGGCCCCUAAAUGGAAACUAAAACACAUUUCUUGGUCAUUAAGUUCUUGAAAUUUGUGCUUGGUUUAUUAAAGAUGGAACGUAUCGGCUUCAGACAUGAUGCAGACAUGAUUCCAAUUUUUGCUUUGCCUUGAUUAAACAGAAAAUUUAACCAAGUAGCAUUACUUGAAGAAAUUGUCCGUCUUCACUUAUAUGUACAUUUCUGAACCACAUGUGUACAAAUGAAUAAUACACUGUGUAUUUUAUUGUAGAAAAGGGACAGUCUAUGAAAACCAGGCUAAAUGCAUGUGUGUAAAGUAUUGUCCUGUGAAGAUUAACCUGUGCAGUUCGCACAGGCUUGAAGAUACUUUUUGUAAAAGAAAAAUUCCACUAAGGGAAAAGUCUUUUCCGGUAUUAGCCUGUGUUGUAUGGGAUGAUAAUUGGAAAACAUGCAUUAAGCCCAGUGCAUCUUUUUGUAAGCAUGUUAUUUUUCUUCAUUGUUUGUGGUAUGAAGCAUACUUUAACUCAUCUGAUGUUGGUAGGGUGUACAGCAUGUUUCUUGUUUAUUAUCAUUUCAAAUCGUAAUGAAAUGUAAUGGCUACUUUUCAUGCAGUUUGUAUUUUUUCAAACAACCAAUAUUACAUAACAUUAUUUUCUUUGAUUAAAAUGGCGCAUUACGGUAAAAAGCUUUUGUUUUGUAAUGUGUUAAAUUAAAAUGCAUUAUAGGUCAAAUAGCCUUAUAUUUUCUCAACAGGAUAAAUGUUAAAUCAUCAAUUUCCACAUGUGAAAAGGUUUAAUGCUAUCUUAUUCUAUGUGGUUGUGUUAGAAAUUGUUCAAUUUUUUCGCAAAAAAGAUUCAAUAAAACUUUGAAUGUUG